AUGCUUCGAACCCGGUGGACUGUUAAAGACAGAGUAGCGAAAAGGCUUGGGGGGGUCUAUAUGAAGGCUACCUCGAAAGCUCUGAUCUGCAGCGUCUCAGAUGCCUCUGUGGCCUCUCAGAUAUUCAGUAACCGUCAGAAAUUCCCCAAGCCAACCCAGCAGUAUGAAGUCCUGGAGUUGUAUGGUCCGAAUCUAGUCUCCUGUGAGGGUAGAGAAUGGCAGCACCACCGACGUCAUACAGCCACCAUUUUCAAUGAAAAGAACAGUACAUUGGUGUGGAAAGAGGCGAUCCAGCAAACACAACAGAUGAUAGAACACUGGCGUGAGGCCUCACCAGACACUGCUGAAAAGGGAUUCAUGGUUGAAAAGCUAAAGGCGGAUGGCUUAAAGUUAACUUUGACCAUAUUGUCAAAUGCUGGCUUCGGGGUGCCAAUUCCUUUCAAACCAGUGCCUCAAGGCUUGGAUAAGGGCCCAGAAGGCAUAUUCAAAGACGCUACUGUUCCACCAGAGGGAUUCGACUUUACAUUCAGAGCUGUUUUGGCAUAUAUAAGCGCACAUAUUGCUACUGUUAUCUUAGCGUAUAAGGUUGUUCCUAAGUGGUUUCCACGACAGCUUGUUCCCGUUUGGGGAAAGCAGGUCGCAGCAUAUCGGGAUCUUGAUGCCUAUUUGAACAAGUUGAUCGCGGCGCCGAAAGCUGAAAAGGACAAUUUCGAAAGCACUGCCAACCUGAUUGAUGGCAUGCUCUUAUCUAGCAGGCGCGCAAUUCAUCAGGGUGCUAAUGACGGCGGGUUAUCCGAUAUCGAGAUCAUGGGAAAUACGUUUAUCUUUACUAUCGCAGGCCACGAAACUACCGCAGCCACCUUCAGCUAUGCUCUUCUGCUUUUGGCCCUUCACCAGGACGUCCAGGAGUGGCUUCACAGGGGCAUUGUAGAGGCAACGCGUGAAGAGCCCCCCGAGGCUGCCGACUGGGACUAUACUAGCUUAUUCCCUAAGCUAGCUACACCUCUAUGUGUGAUGCUUGAGACUAUGCGUCUCUUCCCGCCAGUUAUUACCGUACCCAAAUCGACAGGCAACACAGCGAGCAGUAUCAACUAUAACGGGAAAGACUAUGUCCUUCCACCAAAUGUCGCCAUCAAUGUAAACGUACAUGUUCUACAUCUUUCCGAGGAAUACUGGGGUAGCGAUGCUAAACACUUCCAUCCCCAGAGAUGGCAUAUAGAGAACAAAGAGAGCUUCUUGGCGAAGAAUGCUGAUAUCCCGGGACUUUGA